ACCAUACAUUUCUGUCAGUUUGAUGUUAAAGUUUUCCGAUGGGAUCGGUUUCUUCCGUACACUGUAUGGUUUCUUCUGCGAGUUAAAUCAGACAGACAGCAGAGAAGAUUAAUAACAAGUUAUACUUAUUAAUAUAGGUGAGGCCUAGUGAUGACGGAGAAAGGCCGUGCUCCCGCAGCCCGGGCGGUGCUGCAGCAGUGUCUGCGGGCCAGCCUGCAGGUGAAGCCCGCAGAGGAACACUCCGAGGCCCAGUCUGUCCAGAUUGACAGAGGGAUGGUGAUCUACGUGUGUUUCUUUAAAGGCGCCACAGACGUCAUCCUGCCCAAGAUGGUGUCCACGCUGUUAAACCUGCGGCUGUGUGAGUCCGACUCGGGGAAGAUGGUGUCGGUGUUGGAGCUUCCCGGCAGCCUGCUGAUUGUCCCUCAGGCCACGCUGGGCGGGAAGGCCAAAGGCAGGGCCAUGCAGUACCACGACAACAUCAGCAAAGAGGACGGCCUGCGGCUCUACGCCGCCUUUGUUUCUCUGUGCGAGAAGGAGCUGACGGCCGCUGCUUCAGCUGAAGUGACGGUGAAACAUGGGACGUAUGGAAACAGACAAGUGCUGAAACUCGACACCAAUGGACCAUACACACAUCUGAUGGACUUUUAAUCAAUGAAGCUUUACUAGUGCCCUGAUGGAGGUCCAAAAUGUCUCUUAGUUAUUGUCCAAAUAUCUACCAACAAGGCUGGAAACAGUACCUAAGACUUUAUGUAUUGAUAUAUGCAGGGCUUUAAAUUGACACCUGCCAACCCGCCAAAUGAGGGUUAAAAAUUACCUUUGGCCGAUAACAUUGUGAAGUUACUAACCAAAUAUGGCCGGCUACAGAAAUGUUGCCAGAUUGGUCUGUUUUUUGCCAAGAAAUGUGGCCGUUUUUGGCUUGGAAAACUCCCAUGAACACCAUGUCAUGACGUGUCGUACAACCGCCGGCUGCCUGCGUAGCGUGUGGUAUCGAUUACGGGCUACGCUGAAACGGAGAAGACGGACACAACAGCGAGAGACAAACUCUGCAAUUAAAGUAAAGUUAGGAAAACUCAAUUUGGCUAGUGGAAAAAUGGGAUUGGCUGGAAACUUUAAGAAUCUACCAGACUUGUUGUCUGGUGAUCAAAAAGGUGAAUUUAAAGCCCUGGAUGUAUAAUAGACCAAACUACAUUGGAAUAUUGUGUAAUGUUGUUUAGUGCAGUUUUUGUGAAUCGCCCCACAGACGUGAGUAAGUAGAAUGCAAAAAUUCUCAAAUGUGCAUGACAACAUACACACUCAAAUUUCUUAGGAGUAGGAGUCUUAAAAUGUCUUCCCAAAGCCACGACAUGUUUGUAAAUUCUGCAGUAAGAGAACUCUAGCUUGGAAAAACCCCUGCUAAAUGCACAGUGCCGUCUGGUAAAUGUAGUAAAGGAGUAUUGGGGGUCUGGUGCUGUUUUUUCUGGUUCUAGUGAAGGGAAAUCUUAAUGCUCCAGCAUACAGUGAUAAUGUAGACAAUAGGGGUUGUUUCAACAGUUUGUGGAAGGCCAUUUCCUGUUUCAGCAUUACAUGCCCCCAUGCACAAAGAAAGCAUCUUUUUUUCCAAGGACUCCUGGCCAGCAUAAUUAUUUUUUGUACAAACAGAAGGCAAUACAUUAUAAAGAGAUACAUCAUUUCACAUGGGAUUAAAACGCAUAAUGUU